GGAAUGGCGACCGAUUUCAAAAUAACGCAACCAGUGGAAUUCUACCGAAAGUUCUUGGAGAAAGAUGUUCGUCCUGAUGGCAGAGAACUUGGAGAAACUAGACCAACCAUACUUAAUAUAGGUUCAGUCAGCACAGCUAAUGGAUCAGCUCUUGUUAAACAGGGAAAUAGUGCAGUAAUCUGUGGUAUCAAAGCAGAACUGUGUAAGCCAAAGACAGAGUCUCCUCAUGAGGGGUUUAUUAUUCCAAACAUUGACCUGCCCGCACUCUGCUCCCCCAGGUUUAAACCAGGUCCUCCCUGCGACCAGGCACAGGUUUACUCACAACUUGUAGCAGAUGUUAUACAGAACUCUAAAUGUGUCAACCCUGAGGAUCUCUAUAAUAAAGAGGUUGAUAUGUCUUGGGUCCUGUACUGUGACAUGAUGUGUCUUGACUAUGAUGGGAAUAUUCUUGAUGCAUGUAUUUUAGCACUUAUGGCUGCCUUAAAAUCAUGCAAGUUACCCACUCUGGUAUUAGAUGAUGAUGGGCGUUUGGAAGUUGACACUGGGAAAUUGGUUCCUCUCCAAGUACACACAUAUCCUGUGGCAACAACAUUUGCUAUCUUUGAUGAUCGAAUCUUGUUUGUUGACCCAAAUAGUGAAGAAGAAAGCAUAGCAACAGGGCAGAUAACCAUAGUAACAACUGAAGAUGAACAGAUCUGUCUCCUGCAUAAACCAGGUGGAAGUGCCAUAUCAGAUGAUAAAAUGCAGGAUGCCCUCACCAGAUCAUUAAUUCGGUCACGUGAAGCUCGAACAUUGAUAAACAAUACAAUAGACAGUAUGUCAGAUAACAGUGCUGAAAGAUGAGCUCAGGAAAACUUAUUGGUGUAUGUUUUAAAGUGUUGUUAAAUAUUCAAUUAUGGGAAAUCAUUACUGUUUCAAAGAAUUAAACAUUAUUUUAUAUACUAUAACUUCAGUUGUUUGUGUCAUUGAUAAUUUCCAAUGCCAGCCAAAUACAUCAAAUAUUCACUGGACAUACAUUUGUACAGUAGCAACGGAACAAUUAUAAAAUAGCAAUAAUUUUAUCUAAAACAGACCU